AUGGAGACCGUAGAAGUAGUCCCCUCUAUAGCGCUCAUACUUGGAGAUGUUGCAGAGGCAGACGAUGGACCAGCUGCCGAGGACUGCGGUACAGUCGAAGUCUCCAUGCUAACCGAAGAAUUAGUCCCCUCCGAAGUACUCAUACUUGAAACUACUGCGUUGAGGGUGGAACAAGUGCAGCUUGACUCUGCCGAGGAUGUCUGGUCAGAUUGGGACUUCUUAGCCAAGGCCCCACUCCUUGACCCUUUUGCAGUAUUGUUGAAACUUCGAGCCUUCCAUGCCUUGUAA